GGUUCGAUCGUUGUCGCUGUUCUGGGUUCGACUCGCUCGCGUCUCGAGGGCGCGGAGGAGAAAGAGGAGGAGCUUGGGGGAAUUAGGGUUUCGAUUUCUAGGGGUUUUAGGAGCGUGGAGGUGCGGCUUGGGAUCUAGGGAUCGGGGGCUCGAUUCUUGGAGGCAUUAUCGUUGUUGUUUGUUGCUGAGGCGGCGGGAUUUGAGGUGGAUUAGGGUUUGGGUUUGGUGUUUGGUUGGAGGAUUGCGCUUGAUUGGGGUUUAGGAGGAGUUUAUCUGGGCCUGGUUUGUGGGGUUUUUAUCGCUGAAGGGGGAAUCGGGCGGAGGUUAGUGUUUUGUGGUUGCUCUAAGGGUGCACUCUUGGGUGACUUCGAUUAUUGGGAUCUUGGUUCUUGGUUUCGAUUAACUUUAAAAAAAAUACAUUUUUUUUAUUUGUUUGGAGCUUGAUUCGGCCGUUUUGGUUCGACAUCUUGGUAUCUAACUCGGUUUCUAAUCGUUGGAGAAAUUAGAAGAGGGUUGUAACUGGAAAAAGCCCUUUUAAGAACUGGUAUUUAUAUGAACUUUGAAUUCACAAGGCAGAUGCCCUGAUUGAGGAUCUGUACUUGCUGUACAAAUUUUGAAGCUUAUUCUGAGGAAAUGAUUAGCAACUAUUUAAUGGGAUGAAGUGAUUAUGGCAUGCUUUGACUGUUUAGGUUUGUCAGGUUGAUCCUAUGGCAAAGACAGUUCUUGUCGAGUACACAAAUAAAAAGGACUUGAAGAGGAAAUCGCGGGAUCUUUCAAUUGUAAUGAUGGGAAAGUCGCAGAAGUUCUCUAAGGGUCACUCAGCUGGGUUUGUCCCUGAUUAUCGGCAUGCAGUUGACACUAUGGUUGAGUCUGAAGGGUUUGGUAGCUCAGGUCGUGUUGACUCUGAGGACUCCUGUGCACCUAGGCGGAAAUGCAUUAGCGUAAAUGUGGAUAAAUGGGAUGGUUUUAAUAUUCCAUUGCAAAUUAUUUCUCUUUCCAAGCUAUCCGUUUCAGAGAGGAAGGAACUUGAGGUGAAAUUUCGAGCUGAGCUGGAACGAGUCCAAGCAUUGCAAAAGGAUAUUUUGGCCAGGAGUGUCACAAACACAAACUCUAAUGUGCAUUCCUUAAAUAGUGAUGCACAUGUUAAGAAGCGGGAUGUUGGUGGCAGUAAUGGCUCCAACUUAAAGCGUGGGGUCACCGGAAGGUUUGAAUCGGCAAAACGGCCUCAUCCUUCUGCUGCUAUAGCUGCUGCUCCAAUUAGCAGCUCUUCUGCAAUGUUGAUGAAACAGUGUGAGGCACUUCUUAAGCGGCUAAUGUCACACCAAUACAGUUGGGUGUUUAAUACUCCGGUUGACAUAGUGAAGUUAAAGAUUCCAGAUUACUACACUGUUAUUAAACACCCAAUGGAUCUUGGCAGUGUCAAGAGUAAAUUAGUUUCGGGCGCAUAUUCUAGCCCUUCGGGGUUUGCAGCAGAUGUUAGGCUUACUUUCGCCAAUGCAAUGACGUAUAAUCCAGCAGGCAAUGAUGUGCACAUAAUGGCAGAUACCUUGAGCAAAUUUUUUGAAACAAGAUGGAAGCCUAUUGAGAAGAAAUUGGUUGCAGCCGAUGCAAGCCUCAAAAGAGAAGCUGUUGAAGAGCCUAAGCUGCCUGCACAACUAAAGAAGAGCAAAACCCCACCUCAAACUCAAUCUGAGGAUAUCGUCAUGCCAGCGAUUGCGAAGCCAAAAAUGACAGAUGAGGAGAAACAUAAUUUGGGCAGGCGCUUAGAGUCAUUGCAGGACAUGCCAGACCACAUCAUUGACUUUCUGAGAAGGCAUGGUGACAAUGCAAAUGCAACAAGCGAGGAUGAAAUAGAGAUUGAUAUUGAUUCUCUUAAUGAUGAUACAUUGUUUGAAUUGAGGAAGAUUUUAGAUGACUAUUCGCGGGAGAAACAGGCAGAGCAACUGGCAAAAACUGAGCCUUGUGAUAUGGAGAUUUUAAAUGAAUCUGGCCUCAGCAACUCAUCUAUGCACCCAUGCAAAGGUAAUGAACCCAAUGAUGAAGAUGUGGAUAUUGGUGGCAAUGAUCCACCCAUUUCCAGCUAUCCUUCUGUUGAGAUAGAGAAAGAAACAGUAGUCAGAACUAGCAAAUGUAGCAGUUCAAGCAGUUCAAGCACUGAUUCGGACUCAUCCAGUGAUUCAGACUCGGGUAGUUCUUCAGGCAGUGAAUCCGAUGUUCAAGUUACUAGCCCUCCAAAAACGGCUAAGGCAAAUGUUGGACCAACCUCAAAUGCUGACCAAGAGAUGAGUGAUGUUGUGAACCCACUUGAUAUUAAUAGAUCUGUUGGUGGUCUGGAUCAAUUUGAAGAGGAGAAUCAACCACAUGAAUCAGUUGAGGUUAAUGGACUUAACGAGGGGGAGAAUGCUCCAUCUGAGAGGCAGGUCUCCCCAGAAAAGCUAUAUCGUGCAGCUUUAUUGAGGAGUCGCUUUGCUGAUACUAUCCUCAAAGCCCGUGAGAAGACACUUGAUCAGGGUGAAAAGGGUGAUCCGGAAAAGUUGCGGCGUGAGAGGGAGGAACUUGAGCGGCAGCAAAGAGAAGAAAAGGCCCGGUUGCAAGCAGAAGCCAAAGCUGCAGAGGAUGCUCGCCUGCAAGCUGAAGCAGAAGCUGCUGCUGAAGCCAAGCGCAAAAGAGAACUUGAAAGGGAAGCUGCUCGGCAGCGCUUGCUGAAGAUGGAAAAAACUGUUGACAUCAAUGAAAACAGUUUGAUUCUUAAAGACCUUGAGAUGUUAAGGUCUGUGCCAGGAGAACCUGCUCCAAGUUCUGUGGAUGAAACCACUCCAUGCCACUCUCCAGACGGCAUUGGGGGUUUCAAACUUGGGGGAAGUAAUCCUUUAGAACAACUUGGUUUAUACAUGAAAGUGGAUGAUGAAGAGGAAGAAGAGGGUGAACCAAACCAACUUCCCAUGCAUGAUGUAGAGGAAGGAGAGAUUGAUUAAUCUUGUCUUCACUUCCAUAUUUUAUUCAUUUCGGUUGAUGAGAUGAACCCCCUGAGCUCUUUGCUUCUGCCUUUCAUGGUCUGCUUUGGCUUUUCAAGCCAUGCGACUGGAAAGCAACAGAAUUGCUUUUGCAGAAUGAUUGUUGGUGGAGUUCUCGUGAUCAUCGUAUUUGUUGUCUGGCUAUGGUUUUAUUGGCCUUCAAUUUUGCAAGCUCAAGGAGUUUGCCUUUGUAAGAAAAA